AUGAACUACAUCUCAAAUCUCGUCAAUUCGGAUGCCAUCAUCAAUCCACUCCUCGACAAUGGCUACCUCCCGCACGCCGUGAUUCGCGUGGGGAUUAGGCGCCAGCUGGCCGACCGCCUGCAAUCCAUAGCUACCACGUCGCUGGAGGCGGGCUAUGAAUCCAAGAUGAACUACGUCAAGCUUCUCCGCGAGCGUCCAAUUGCCAUUGAAACGGCUACUGCCAACGAGCAGCAUUACGAGGUAGGAACGAGCGUUCUAAAGGGCAUGCUGGGUCCACGCAUGAAGUACUCUUCUUGUUUGUACGAGAAAGGCGGCGAGACGCUGGCACAGGCUGAGAUUGCCAUGAUGAGGCUGUACGUUGAGAGGGCCGAGUUGAAGGACGGGAUGAGCAUCCUGGAUCUGGGAUGCGGCUGGGGCUCAGCAUCGCUGUACAUGGCCGAAGUCUUUCCCAACUCCAAAAUCACUGCCUUCUCCAACUCGAGGACGCAGAAGGAGUACAUUGACGGCGUAGCUGGCAUGAAGGGCUUCAAGAAUCUGACUGUGAUCACGGGCGAUGUUGUUGACUACGAGUUCGAGCCGUCAGCAUUCGAUCGCGUCAUUUCCAUUGAGCUUUUCGAGCACAUGAAGAACUACCAACUCCUGCUCCGCAAAGUGAGCAACGCGCUGAAACCAGGGGGCAAGCUAUUCGUUCACAUCUUCGCGCACUGCACGACGCCCUACGACUUUGACGGCGGGUGGAUGACGGAGCACUUCUUCACGGGAGGUACCAUGCCUUCGGCCGAUCUACUGCUGUUCUUCCAAGACGACUUGAGAGUCAAGAAGCAGUGGUGGGUGUCGGGCAUAAACUACUCCAAGACGUGCGAGGACUGGCUUGUUACCAUGGUGAAGAACAAGGAGACUAUCUGGAAAGGACUCGUAGAGACGUAUGGAGAGGCGAAUGCGUUGACAUGGUGGAACCGAUGGCAGGUUUUCCAUCUGGCUUGCUCUGAACUCUUCCGCUGGGACGGGGGUGAUACCUGGGGCGUAAGCCAUUACCUUUUUGAGAAGCCAGCCACGCAUUAA